AUGGACUCCGCAGCACAGGCCCGUUACGAUCUCAUCCGCGAGAACCUCGCUGAGGUCUUGAACCCCGAGAUCAUUGAAGGCAUCCUCGCUGAGGGGCGCAACCCCCGCAUCUACUGGGGAACGGCCACCACCGGCAGACCUCACGUCGGCUACUUCCUCGCCGCCCUCAAAAUCGCCCAAUUGCUGCGUGCCCAAUGCGACGUCGUCGUCCUGCUCGCCGAUAUUCAUGGAUUCCUCGACAACUUGAAGGCGCCGCUCGAGCUGGUCGACAACCGCGCUCAGUACUACCGCAAGGUCAUCACCGCCAUUCUUCAGUCCGUUGGCGUGUCCACCGAGCAGCUCGAAUUCAUUCUCGGCAGCUCCUACCAGAAGAGUCCCGAAUAUGUCAUGGAUGUCUACCGCUUAUCGAGUCUGAUCUCCGAGUCGGAUGCCAAGAAGGCUGGUGCAGAGGUCGUCAAGCAGACCGAAAACGCUCCUCUGAGUGGUCUUCUCUACCCAGUGCUCCAGGUGCUCGACGAAGAGCACUUGAAGGUCGAUUGCCAGCUGGGAGGCAUGGACCAGCGCAAACUCUUCGCUGCUGCUGUUGAGUGGUUGCCCAAGCUCGGCUACCGCAAGCGCGCACAUCUCAUCAACCCUAUGAUCAGUGGAUUGAAGGGUGCUAAGAUGAGUUCCAGUGUAGAAGACAGCAAGAUCGAUCUCCUCGAUUCCGCCGACAGCAUUUCCAAGAAGAUCCGCAAGGCUGAGUCCGCCCCCAAGGUCGUCGAAGGCAACGGUGUCAUCGCCCUCGUGGAAUACGUUCUCCUACCCGCCGCCGAUCUCAAGGGUAAGAAGGAGUUCCGCGUUGAGCGCAGGGAUCAGGAGCCGUUGAUCUACACCGACAUCAAGCAGCUCGAGGAGGACUACAAGAACGAUGUUUUGACGCCACAAAUGCUCAAGCCCGCUGUGGCGGACGGUCUCGUCCAACUCAUGGCGCCCAUCCAGGCGGCCUAUCAAGCCGACUCCGAAUGGCAGGAAAUCACCGCCAAGGCCUACCCGGCCCCAGGUGCCGAAAAGAAGCAGAAGAAGGUUAAGAACAAGGGUACACGCCACCCCGGUGCCGCUGCCGGGGAGAAGCCGGCCCAGGAGGCCAAGCCGGCCGCGGAGCAGUAA